CAAGUUUUGCACACAUUUUACCACGCGCAUCUGUGAUCGUUGGCCAUCUGUUCCUCGUCAACGAGAACGGAUUCGCUUUCGAUUUGGAGGAACGAGAAAUUGAAUACCUCUAAUCUUUUCCUUCUUCUCGGGAAUUCAAUACCAAUAAAAUAUAAAUGUUGCAUCGUUUAUAUAAUUGUGUCUGCGUGGAUCGAAAGGAUUUCCGUUCGCUCUGAGUCUCAAGGGGGAAAAAGAGAGAUACUUUUAUUAGGAGAUUGAAAUUUUUUAAUUUAUUUUAUUACUUCAUUACUUUAUUGCCUUCUUAUCGUCUUCGCUCGUUAAGUCCGCAAGACGCGCCAUUCUCAAAUCGCAUGCACACUACUUGUCGUCCGCGCGUCGCAUUCUACGACGUCGUCGGAAUGUCAGCGUCUGAUUGUUUCCCGUAAAAAAGUAGGUGAUGCUAAUUAAUCCUAAUUAACACCUCCGAGUGCCGCUCCGGCUAAAAUUAGCUGGAGAUGGAGAGUGAGGAGAGUUUUAUUGCGAUCGGCACUAAUCAACGUAAGUGCAGUCGCUCCUUCAGUCUGUUAUCUUCGAUCCCCGCAGGUGCACGUUGCAUAUUCGAAUUGUUCUCCUAUCGUUUACGCGCCAGGUCCCGCCACUUGUUUGCUCAAGUUUGAUUAAUGGCCCGACGAGGUACACUUCCCAAGCUUCGUCAUCCGCUUAUCAUAACAAGUCGUGUCGAGAACUAGGGCAACGUGCGGGCUCUCUCUCUCUCGUUAAGUGAUACGUUUUUUACUUUGAUCUCUUGAAGUUUUAACUCGAGCUUUUGCAGCGCGUUUCCGCAAAUCGUGCCCCUUUUAACGUCCCUCCGCGGAGCGAAGCGCGCAAGAAGAAAGAAAAUAAUUCAUUCUUGAAAUAAUUCAACAGAUUCGUAAUAUUUAUUACAAUACGGUUGGAUAAUUCAGUCGAUGAGUGUUAAUCGGCAUACAGAGAACCGGAUUCUAGCAGUGAAGACACUGAAGCAGAAUACAAGAGGUGGACGUCAUAUGCGAAGCUGCAAUUAAAAUAUGACUAGAGGAGGAAUUUCUUUCCGCGAAGAUGAAUAAAGUGGAUAUCGUGCCAAGUAGCUUCUGCUGACGGACAACAUUUUUUCAACGACGAGCAGGCGGACGGGGAGAAUUUUCUUCUAAUCGACAAUCAGGAUAAAAGAGGCGCGAAUCAAGGGGCAAUUAUGAAUGCGAAGCAAGCGGAACUGUGGCUCGCGGUAUUGUACACCGCGACCCUGGUGCUCUCCGUCACGUCUGUCAUAUCGCUGGUGACGACAUGGCAGCAUUGGGUAAUUACUUUGGACGGUUGCAUCGAUGUCGAUUGCGGCUGCAUACUGUAUGGCACCAACACGUUUCGCACGUUCCUCGGCGGCGACGAGAAGCUGUGCCACUUCGCCGCGUACGGCCUCGUACCCAUCAUUAUAAUCAGCUUGUGUCUCAGCGCCUAUCACGGAUACAGAUGUUGCAUACACAAAAAUCUGAAUGAGCCGAUGCGACUUGGCGGACAUGUAUACGAUAACGACAGAAGAAAUCUCAACGGACAAGUCGUGGUGAGAAUAAAAAAAAGGGUUGCUUUUAAAUGGUGGAUGCCUAUCGGUUUCUUCGCAGCGUUCGUUUGCUGCCUGUCGCUCGCCCACGCGGUCGUGAUAACCGACGGCUAUUACAAAACUUGCGAACAAUACAGACGAAAUCUCAUUCAAACCCUGAACUCGGGAGGCCGGGAAAUUCAAGCGAUUCACAACAGGCUCCCGUGCGGUGCGAUUUUCGAUUUCAUGGAUUAUAUUCAUCCAGAUAGAAAUCACUGGGCGCGCGGCGAGAUGAACACUGGGAUCGCGCUUCAGCUCGCAAUAUGCACGAGCUGGCUCAAUUUCUUCGCUUGGCUGACCGUGUGCUCGAUAAACUUCAUCAUGGCGAGGAAGAAGCAGCACAAUUUAGGAGAGAAAUUUUGCUGUUGUUGCUGCUGAGUCACAUUCUCGGCAAAAUUGGCCGAACGCGACAAACUUGACAGUAUUUUCGUGAAAUGCAACGGAGAUUUCUCGUAAAGAAACAUGUGACAAGACACGGGUGUAUACGAUUAAUGCUCACGUUAAUAUAGCAUACAUUUUAUUUAUGUUUUAUACAGAGAUAGUGUCUUCAGUAACUAUUUUCUUCGUACGCCUAAUAUCAAAAAAUUAAAGACUCAUCCGCUCUGCCGUGGAAAAUAAUCGCGUCCCUCUCUCAUAUUCUAUUUAGUCGCAUUCUCUUUAUACAUUUUUACACAAUUUUCAUUGCUAUAUUACACAUACACAUUGUGUACACGUUGGAACAAUAUUUUUGAUCAUCCUAAGAGUAAACGUUCGCACAAGAGUUAAAAUUAGCAUAAACGAGAAUGCAUGAUCUCUUUUAUACCUUUUCCGAAACAUAAUAAUUACGUUAUUGUUACUCACGAUAGAUGAUAAAGAAAAAUACUGUAACACCUGUUAGUGCAGGCAGUGACGAAAUUCAAGUAUCAACUAGUAUCCGUAAAACUUUCCGACGUUUAGGACAUUGAUUUUAUUUCCUGCGCAUGUACACACGAGAAAACGUAGAGAAAAGAACCUAUGAACCAACGAUAUAAUAAAUAACAGUACAUGAAGAUUUAAAGAAGGAAUGUAUUGUAUACUACACUACGUAGACUCGUAAGAAUUUAUAUAAUCAAAUAAUAUUCUUCUUAGGAUGUUGAAUUGAAAAUGCUCGGCUUUCUUAGCACCUUGGUUUGUUCUAUUAUACACGGUGCACAGAAUGAUGGAGUAUAUUAUUUUAAGGCUUGGAAUAACAACAGUCCUCCCGUAUGUUCAAGAAAUACACUCGGAUUAUACUUCUCGCUGAAUUCAUCGCGUCGAUUCGCUGAAAUUCAACGUGUAACUUUCUAUUUGCAUAAAUCACUCUGACUUUUGUGAUGGCGGCAUGAAAAUCGCUUAUAUAACUUGCUAUAGAUUACAUACAUCUCACCGUUAUGUAUAGGAACUAAACAGAAAAAAUAAUUUCUCAGAUACACUAUCCCUUACAUAUACAAAUACAAUUGACUCUGUUUAUCUUAUAAUACUAUCAGCUUUUAUACUACACAACAGCAAAGACUUUGCAAGCUUGAACGCUACUCGAUAAAGGAAGGCACCUAAUUAUAUAAGCUAAUAUCUACAAAUUAUGUUACAUCUUUAUAUAUGUAUACAGUAUAUGCAUGUGCAUAAAAACACAUAGAUUACAAACAUUUUCUUUUAA